AUGGCUGGAGUCUACAGAGAGACCACCCGAGUCUACCGGGACCCGACUGAGUACUCGUCCGAUGAAGACCGAUACAAGACCUCCACAGUCCGCCGUUACAAAGUUGCGCCAAGCCGAGUCGAGAGGGUCGAGCGCACGGAGCGAGUCCAAGUCGAAGAGGACGACCGCCGAUCACGAUACUCCGGCUACCCGCUGCGCACCUCCGGCGAGUAUGGCUAUGCUCCGGAUCGCCCGCGCUCUGCCUUUGACUCCCGAAGCCAGGUCGUUGAGCGCACGGUAACCGAACGCGAGCGCGAAGUUAUCGACCCUUACAGAGGUGACACCCGCAGCGUCGUCUACGAAAAGGAAUACGAACGUGAGCGUGAGCGCGCACCCCGCUUCGAUGCCGGUCGCUUCGACGACGUUCGCAGCGUCGCCGAUAACCGCAGCGUUAUCGAGGUCGAGCGGGAACGCGAGCGUGUCGACUGGGAUCGCCGCUCUAACCAUCGCCACCACCAUCAUCACCAUGAACCCGAAACAGAAGUUAGGGUCGACAAGCGCGUCGAACGCCGUGAGGAUGGAGACGUCACGGUCGAGAAGCGCGUGGAAGAAUACCGUGACGAUCAUGGCGGAGCAGAGGUCGAAAGAUACCGCAAAGAGACCGAAUUUUACUCUCCCGUCAGCCCCCCGCCAAUCCCUCAACCCGUCAUCAUCCGUCAACAAGCCCCGGAACCCCAAAAGAUCAUUGUCCAGGAAGCUCCGCCCCCCGCACCCAUCAUCGUGCCCCGUCAAGACCCUGGUAUCGUUGUCUUGAGAGAGCGCGAGUCCCCUCGCGAGGUUGUCCGCCGCGACCCCCGCGAGGACGAGUACUACUACCGCCGAGAGACAAAAGAACUUGGCCCGUAUCGCCGAGAUGAGCGUGAGUACCAUUACGACCGACGAGGUCGUGGUCGCGGCGACUACAUAAGCGACGACGAGGAUUACUACAUGAAGCGGACUGUCAUUCGCCGAAACCGAAGCUCCAGCUCAGACCAUCACCACAAACGCCACCUUGCGGAGGGAGCCCUCGCCGGCGCCGGUAUCGCUGCGCUCGCUGCCAGUCGAAGAGACAGCCGUGGCGAGCUUGGCGCCAAUCGUGGAAGCAAGGUCCUCGCCGGUGCUGCCAUUGGUGGCCUGGGCACUGAAAUCAUUCGACGAGCUCGCAGUGCGUAUGAAGAUACUUAUCACGACGAUCACUACAGGUCUCGGUCAAGAUCUCGCAGCCGUAGCUCCCGUAUUAAGACUGGCCUCGGCAUUGCUGCUGCCGCACUUGCAGUUGCAGGUGCUGCAAAGUAUUAUCAGAGUGGGAAGAUUGAAAAGGAAGAAAUGCGUCGUGGUCGAAGCCGCGGCAGAAGCCGCUCUGUCUCAAGCUACUCUGUAUCUAGAUCUCGUAGUCGCAGCCGCAAAAGCAAGAAGAGCCGCAGUCGCUCCGUGGCCAAGGCUGCCGCUGCGACUGCCGCUGCCGCGGGCUUGGUACAGCACUUCCGCAACAAGUCCAAGUCUAGGAGUCGCUCGCGGUCUAAGUCUCGCAUCAGGACUGGAGCGGAGAUUGCCGCUGCUGGUCUGGCAGGCGGAGUCGCCAGCAAGAUCUAUAAAAAUCGCAAGGAGAAGAAAGACCGCGAAAUAGACCGCGAACUGGACGAGCAAGAUUAUGAGGAGGAAGUCCGGCGGGAACGGCGUGAACGUCGUCGGUCGCGCAGCAGGUCCCAGGCCCGCUCUCUAUAUUCCGAGCCGCGCAGCGCUGAUCCUGAGCUAGGCUUAGUUGAGUACGGAACAGAACCGCUGCCUUCCGACCCGCCCUACCCGCCGGACGACGGGUAUGAGUCUGCAGCGAACGAGAGGCGACGCCGUCGGCACCGGCGUAUGUCUGGCGAUGAUUACGACGGCCACGAGCCGGCGAAGAAGAGGAGCAAGAGCCGGUUGAGGGACAUGGCGGCAGCUGCAGUUGGAACGGGAGCUGCUGCGAUCGGAUUCAAGCAGUAUCAGAAGAAGAAGGAAAAGGACGAGGAAAGACGGUCGAGGGAAAGAAGCGCCCGAUCCCGCUCUAGAGACAGAUCCGUCACACGCGAAAGGACUUAUUCAGGAGAACGCGACUAUAGCAGAGAACGUAGCACAGACGACAGGAUGCGAAACAGGGAGCGAGAGAGGGACCGCAGAAGGUACGAAGAGGACGCUCGGAACGAUGAGUACUACGACAACUACAGCCGUCCUCCCUCACCGCCACACGCUUCCGGCGGCUCAUUCUAUCCUCCACCGCCAGCAGCCGCUGCGGGCUUCACUCAACAUCCCAACAUCUCAACGGCCAACCUGAGAGAUCAGUACCCGCCGUACCCGUCGUCGGACUCGGUAUAUCCUCCGGGACCACCCCCAAUGGGGCCGUCUCCACCGUUGGCCACGGGCGGGGCCGGCGGCUAUCCUCCUCCUCCCCCUCCUGGUGGCCCUCCCCCAUCAGGUGGCCCGCCGGGAACGAGAUUCGGUCCUGACCAUGUGAGUGAAGACAUAUCUCGUAGCGCCUCACCACAAGCUGUCCAGCCAGCAGGUUUGGGUCGUGAGGAUGGUCUAAAGUGGCGAGAGCGUGUCAAGAAAUUUCUCCCAGAAUCUCUGUCCCGGUCUCGUUCUCAAUCUCAACCCCGAUCUCGGUCUCGGUCGUUAUCUCCAACGUCUUCAUCGGUGUCAAGCGCUCUGUCCGAAAGGCGUCCUCAAACUGCACAGCACUCUUCCUCCAAGUCUGUUGCAUUUACCUUGUCACCUCAGUCAUCUCAGACCUUGCGGCUGCACCGCUUAGUUCAAGAGCAACACGCCGAGGAAGAGGCCAUGAAGGAGCAUGAAGUUCCUGCCCUCAGUGAGGAACAACUGGCAACUUUGAACCCCGUUCUCAAUCGUCGACGCUCCUCCUCGGAUCCACCUAGCAGCAAUUUGGUGUCCCGUCGCCGUAAGCGGGGAAAAGAAUCGCCUUCCGAAUCGGAGGACGACGUUGAAGUUCUGCCCGACCGCUUCGAUCCCCAAGGACGGCCCGUUGGCGGUGGAAGUUCGGGGGCUACGAGAUGGAGACAAGGAGCUUUCGAAAGCCAGCCACGAAACGGUAACGGAUGGCAUUCAAGUGGAGCAUGGGCUGUCGGCGGUACAGAUGGCGACGCUGUGCAAAGGAUUGCGAGUGACAUUGAAGGGAUGAUUACCGGGCAAAGUAGUUGGAAGAGCCUGCUGAAGGAUGUGGUUGGAGUGGUUCAGGAAGUGCAACAUGGCGGAGACGCGCGUAGGAUAGAGAACAGUGAUGAUGAGGAUCAUGACGGCCGACGGAGGAGACGGAGGAAGAGUGGAUGA